UAAAAAGAGUCGUUAGCCUUCUCCUUACUUCUUUAUGCUUUUUCAGUUGACUCACCCAUGUCUUCUUCUUCUUCUUCCAUAAGCUCUUCUUCAAGAAGCCACAAAUCUGAUGUGUUUUUGAGUUACCAUGACAAAGACGCCUGUAUAUCUUUUGCAUCGGAUCUCUAUUCAGCUCUCACACAGGCUGGAUUUGUUGUUUACAUCAACCAUAACAAUCUUACAAGCGGAGAUCAGACAAAUUUCUCAGCAAUCGAAGCUUCUAGAACUUCUAUCAUCAUUUUCUCAAGUAAUUUUGACGCUUCAAAAUGGUUUCUGGAAGAACUGGAGCAGAUAUUGGAGUCUGGUAGAACCAUAGGGCAGGUGAUUCUGCCUGUGUUCUAUGUUGUAGAUCCCUCGGAUGUACGUCGUCAGAUUGGAGAUUUUGGAAAAGAUUUUGAAGAUCUUAUUGGACAAAGGAUCUUGACGAACAAUGAGUCAAUGCGUUAUAAGGAAGCGCUCAUUGAAGCUUCUAGCAUUUCUGGAUUUCUCGUGAUGAGUUCCAGGGACAAAAGUGAAGUUAUUAAUGACAUAGUGCAACAUUUGACUCAUUUGAUAGAAGACAAAUUAUUUUCCGUUGCUACACACCCAGUGGGAAUAGAACCUCGGAUGCAAGAUGUUAUUCAACUAUUGACCAAUGAACAACCAGAAAAAACCAUAAUCAUAGGGAUAUGGGGGAUAAAUGGGGUUGGCAAAACAACAAUUGCAAAAGCCACUUAUAAUCAAAUGGGUUGCAGUUUUGAGGGCAAGAGCUUCCUCCUAAAUGUUAAUGAAAUUUGGGAGCAGAGUAAUGGCCAAGUUUCUUUACAGCAACAACUUCUUUCAGACAUCUACAAAACAACAAAUAUACAAAUAGAUAACAUUGAUACAGGAAAAAUGGUAUUACGUGAAAGGCUUUGCCGUAAGAAGAUAUUUCUUGUACUUGACAAUGUGAAUAAAUUGGAACAGUUGAAUGUUUUGUGUGGUAGUCGUGAAUGGUUUGGUCAUGGAAGUAGAAUAAUUAUCACAACAAGUGAUAAACAUAUACUGUGUAGCUUUCAAGUUGACCAUGUAUAUAGAAUGAAAUAUAUGGACACUACUGAAUCUCUCGAGCUUUUUAGUUGGCACACAUUCAAAAUUCCGAGUCCUAUAGAAAGUUACGCUGACCUUUGUAGAGAUGUUGUUGAGUACUGUGGGGGAUUGCCACAAGCUCUUGAAGAAAUUGGGUCUUUUUUGUUUGGUAAAUCUUUAGCGGAGUCAAAGUUUUUGCUGGAGAAACUCAAAACCAAUCCCAACGAUAUGAUAAUCAGAAAGCUAAGAACAAAUUUUGAUGAUUUACAUGUUUAUGACAAAAAAAUCUUCCUUGAUUUAGCUACCCUAUUUAUUGAGAUGGACAAAGAUGAUUUAAUUCAGACAUUAAAUUACUUUGUGCGUUUCCCGGAAGAUGGAAUAACAAUCCUCGAAGAUAAAUGCCUUGUAACUAUAGAUAGCAAUAACAGGAUUGGAAUGCAUACUUUGGUACGAGCAAUGGGAAAAGAAAUCAUAAGGCAACAGGGUAUGGCUGAGACAAAGAUGUACGAUGUAUUCUUGAGUUUCAAAGGGGAAGACAGUCGAGCAAAAUUCAUUUCACAUCUCUAUUCCUCUCUUCAAAAUGCUGGGAUUUAUGUUUUCAAAGACGAUGAUGGUAUUCAACGAGGAGAUCGGAUCUCAGUUUCAUUGUUGCAAGCAAUCAAUCAGUCUAGAAUUUCCAUUGUUGUUUUGUCUAGAAAUUUUGCUAAUUCAAAAUGGUGUAUGAUGGAGUUGGAGAGAAUUGUGGAAAUAAGUAGAACCAAGGAUAUGGUGGUUGUGCCUGUGUUCUAUGAGGUAGAUCCCUCAGAAGUACGUCAUCAGACAGGAGAGUUUGGAAAAGCUUUUGAAUGUCUUAUAUCAGCCAUAUCAGUGGAUGAAUACACAAAGAGGAACUGGAAAACAGCUCUCAAUGAAGUUGGUGGAAGAGCAGGGGUUGUCAUCAUAAAUUCAAGGAAUGAAAGUGAGGAUAUCAAGAAAAUAGUUAAACUUGUUACUCAUUUGCUAGACAAGACAGAAUUAUUUGUUGCUGACCAUCCAGUAGGAGUAGAAUCACGUGUACAAGACGUUAUUCAAUUACUGAACAGCCAAAAAUCAAAAGUUCCUCUAAUGCUAGGGAUAUGGGGCAUGGGAGGGAUCGGAAAAACAACCAUUGCUAAAGCCGUUUAUAAUAAAAUUCGUCAUGAUUUUGAGGCAAAGAGUUUCCUAUUGAAUGUCAGGGAAGUUUGGAAUCUCGAUAAUGACAAAGUUUCUCUACAGCAACGACUUCUUACUGACAUCUACAAAACUACAAAGAUAAAGAUAGAUACAGUUGAAUCAGGAAAGAUUAUAUUACAGGAAAGACUUUGUGAGAAAAGGAUAUUUCUUGUAAUCGAUGAUGUGAGUAAUGUGGAUCAAUUGAAUGCUUUGUGUGGAAAUCGAAAAUGGUUUGCUGAGGGAAGUAGAAUAAUCAUCACAACAAGAGAUGAUGAUUUACUUAGUAGGCUUGAAGUUGACCAAGUAUACAGAAUGAAGGAAAUGGAUGACAGUGAAUCUCUCGAGCUUUUCAAUUGGCAUGCAUUCAAGCAACCAAUUUCUGGAGAAGGUUUUACUAACCUUUCUAGAGAUGUUGUUAAGUACUCUCGAGGACUGCCGCUAGCUCUUCAAGUCAUUGGGUCCUUUUUGUUGACUAGGAGAAGGGAAGCGGAGUGGAAGAGUGUACUGGGGAAACUCAAAAUGAUUCCCAAUGAUGAAGUGUCAGAGAAGCUCAGAAUAAGUUUUGAUGGUUUAAGUGAUGAUGAUGUGAAAGAUAUAUUCCUUGAUAUUGCUUUUUUCUUUAUUGGUAUGGAUCGGGAAGACGUAACUGAGAUAUUAAAAGACUGUGGGCAUUUUCCAGAAAUUGGAAUAAGCAUUCUGGUACAACAAAGCCUUGUAACUGUUGAUAGGAAAAACAAGAUUGGAAUGCACGAUUUGCUACGAGAUAUGGGAAGAGAGAUUGUCCGCAAGAAAUCUAAAGAGAGGGGCAAGGAGCCUAGUAGAAUAUGGCGUUUUGAGGAUGUGCAUGAGUUGUCAAAAGAUACUUGUACUUUAGAUGUUAAGGGAUUGACUUUAACGAUGUCAAGAAUGGACUCAACAACUUUGGAAACCAAAGCAUUUGAGAAGAUGGACAAGCUUAGAUUGCUUCAACUUUCUGGCGUACAACUUGAUGGAGAUUACAAAUAUCUUUCAAGACAUCUUAGGUGGCUUAGUUGGCAUGGAUUCCCCUUCAAAUUUACACCCGCAGACUUUCAUCAAGAUAGUCUAGUUGCUAUCGAGUUGAAAUAUUCCAAUCUGGAACGAGUGUGGAGGAAGUCUCAGUUGUUGGUGAAGCUGAAAAUUCUUAAUCUUAGUCAUUCUCACAACUUGAGACAUACACCAGACUUUUCGAACUUGCCAAAUCUUGAAAAGUUAAUACUUAAGGAUUGUCCAAGUUUGUCUUCAGUUUCUUCUAGUAUAGGACAUCUCAAAAAAAUCCUGUUAAUAAAUUUGAAAGAUUGUACAGGCCUUUGUGAACUUCCAAGGAGCAUCUAUAAGUUAGACUCGGUGAAAACUCUCAUUCUAUCUGGAUGUACAAACAUUGUCAAGUUGGAAGAGGAUAUAGAACAAAUGAAAUCUUUAACCACACUGGUUGCGGAUAACACUGCUAUAACAAGAGUUCCCUUUGCAGUAGUAAGAUUAAAAAGCAUCGCAUAUAUUUCCCUUUGUGGCUAUGAGGGAUUCACACGUGAAGUGUUUCCUUCUAUUAUCCAGUCUUGGUUGUCUCCAACAAAUAGUAUCCUAUCCUUAGUUCAAACAUUUGCAGGAACUUCAUGUCUUGAUAUCACUGAUGAACAGAAUAAUAGUUUCUAUUGUCUAUCAUCCAUUUUUGAAGACCUUCAGAAUCUUCAACGUCUUUGGUUGAAAUGUGAUUCAGAAGCUCAAUUAAAUCAAACUGUAGCAAGUAUUUUGGGUAGCUCCAACACACGAAAUUGUGAGGGAUUCUCAAACAUCGGGACUUCAGCAUCAAUUCAUUCCCGUAGUCAAUUUAGUAUGUCAAGCUCUAAAAAUUCUUUGACAUCCGUUUUGAUUCAAAUGGGAGUGAGCUGCAAUGUCGCCAACAUUCUUAGAGAAAAUAUUUUGCAGAAAAUUCCUCCCAUUGGGUCUGGUUUACUCCCGGGGAACAACUAUCCCGAUUGGCUAACCUUCAAUAGCAACGGUUCUUCUGUAACUUUCGAAGUACCUCAAGUGGAAGGGCGUUCUUUGAAGACAAUCAUGUGCAUUGCCCAUUCUUCUUCCCCAGACAAUACAACGACAGAAGGUUUCAAAGUUGUGUUGGUAAUAAAUUGCACAAAGAACACCAUUCAGGUCUACAAAAUAGGCGCAUUAUUAGCAUCUUUUGGUGAGGAUGAGUGGAAGAGAGUAAUAUCAAAUAUAGAACCCGGCAACAAAAUUAAGGUGAUUGUUGUUUUUACAAAUGAAUUCAUUGUGAAGAAAACAACAAUUUAUCUUGUAUAUGAUGAACCAAGUGAGGAAAAGACGAAUCACUGCCAUGAGUUAGAUGAGAAUGGAAUUGUUUCUAGUGGUGAUGAAAAUAUAUUUGGUAGACUCUUCUUCGCUAUUCCUUCCCUUUCUCGGACUGUUCUGACUUCACGGCCUUUCUGGUUCUGUUUGGCUGGUAUUAUGGUUUGGUCGUCUCGCCGCCGUUCUGAAAAACGAAGAAGAGACAACCCUAUUCUAAGGGAAGUAGCAUCCAUGAGCUCUCAAGGACUCAAUAUUCCAGAAUCUUUGGAGAAAAACCCUUUGGUUGAUGUCAAGUAGUGAAGAGACAAGGUUAAAAGAGGUACUUGAUUCCGGUCAACAUGAAUUGGUUCCAAUAUAUAAUUUCAAAUUCCUGAAUCCAUAGGACGAGGAUGCAAAACCAGAGGAGAAAGCAGAAAUGACCGAAGUCAAGGAUCAACAAUAAAGGGAUGAGAAGUUAAAAGGGUAAUGUUCUCCCAAGCCAAAUCAAUCCUAGAUGCGUGUCUUUCUUUUAUCUUGAUUUCAUUUGUGUUGAAAGGCAAAAAGGUUGUUAUCUGUAGUUCAUUGUAUAUAUGGUUGUUGAAAAAUAUCAUAUCAUUUGAAGAGUAUGGCAUAUUGGAUUCUUCAUUAGUUCAUCUCAAGAUGUAACACCUUUCCAUGCCACCAGCAUGUAAUUGUAAGGCAAAGAGAAACCUCAAAUCUCAACUCAUUUAGUGAAUGAAUAAUGCAUACCAAAAUUCUGUAUCAAUCUGAAUCUCAAGCAAAGGGGAACUUCAAGAAUUUGAGAUUAAACUUUGUUCCUAAACCAUCAAACAAUGUUCAGAAAUUAGACCAUAUAUAAGUUUCAAUCAUAUAUUAUUUUUUGUUUCCUUAACUAGUGCUCUCAGAGCUUGUAUUUUCCAUAUAUACAAGUCUUUGAAUCUCUAUAUAGAGCUUGUAUAGGAUUAAUGUUACUUGUAAUGUAAUUCAUUGCAAAGCCUUGUACAUAUAUUUUUAUCUUCAUCUUGAUCUUGAAUAUAAUCGUAUGCUUCCACUUA